GCACGGCAGACCAUGUGACGUCACGCGUUCGGUAACUGCCACAGACGGACUUCGCACUGACUGCGAGGCGCGGAGAGGCAUUUGGGGGCGACCUGGAGGCUUUGGUGACAGCGAAGGAGCCACAAAUGGAGACGGCGACUGACCCCAACAUGGCUGGUCCCAGUGCCCUGUCUGUCUACGCCCUGCGUCUUGGCCCUGGUGAGGAAAUCUUAAGCUGCCUGGUCAGAUUUGUGGAGCAGAAGAAGCUGAAAGCACCAUUUGUCAUCACUUGUGUGGGCAGCGUCACCAAGGCAACACUUAGACUGGCAAAUGCCACUGCGUUGAAUACUAAUGAGGUGGUUCAUCUCAAUGAAAAUUGUGAGAUUGUCUCCUUAGUUGGCACACUGAAUGAAGAGGCUCACUUGCACAUCUGCCUGGCUGAUAAAGAUGGCAAGACUAUAGGAGGACAUGUGCUGGGCAAUCUAGAAGUCUUCACGACUGCGGAAAUAGUCAUUGGUGAGGGAGAUCAUGUCUGCUUUACGAGGAAGAUGGAUGAUCGUACAGGUUUUCCAGAACUUGUUGUCUCUUCCCGUUCUCUUCAGAUCUAGAUAUUUAUACCCACGUGAAUCUAACUUGUAUUUGUUUCCUUCUUCCCUCCCUCUUUAUAAAGGAGUUUUAAAUAAAGAGAGGCAUAGAAUGCU